GCAGCGACAGGCGGACAGGCUGCAACAUCGCAACCAACCACACUUUUCUUUCCUCCCGCACGUUAAAGGCACCGUUCGGGGACCCAGCCGAGUUUCUAGCGCCUGGAUUAUUGCAGCUAUUUUGAAGAAACCCCCGCCGAGAGACGCACGGUUUGGUGAGGGGAAGAGGAUGUGUAAGGAUUGAGUCGAGCUUCUGCUGCAAGUCUUCUUCUGCAGAAUAACACCUGAAACAGCCUGUGCGUGAAUACUAACCAGGCGUGUGGAGGGUUUAAAUAAGAGAUGCAGCAAAGAGCAAAUAUCACACAGAGAAGUGCGGGGAAAACUGGGCUCUUUUAGCCCGCAAGGACAACGUGCGUCAGGCUGCAUGAAGUGACUGCUUGGAAAAUAGACGUUUCAAGCCUGGAAAUUCUUUCACGCAGCAUGCACAGAUCACACAAUGCACAUAAACAUCAGAUUUCUAUGUAUUUUUCUUAUAAGUGAGUGUGUCGUUUAAUCGUUUUCAUCAUUUGUGGAAAGACAGGUGAGUCUUCAUUUCGCUUUUGACUAAUAGUACACGGUUUGUGGAUGAAUAUUAGAUAAAGUGACAAGUCUCGCUUGGAUUUAUUGAAAAAAAAAAAACCUGAGUUGUGAUGAUGAAGCCAAGUUAAAAUAGGUCCAGUGGAAGACUAUAUAAACAGAGUUUAAGGGAUUUAAGGAAUAUCAGGAGGUCUGUGGUCCCUUUUUUGACUGAGAGCAGCGUUAAACUUUCCGUAUCUCCAGGAAGGCAGAGUGUCCAGCGUCACCCCCAGGCUCAUCUCUUUUCUUCUCGCGGUGAGGGACGGAUGCAGUGCGGCGGCGGCAUGCUGAAGGGCCGCUGCUGCUGUGUGCUCUUCCGGGACUUGCAGGUGCUGCUGCUCAGGGACAUGAGCGGACACCGAGACAGCGAGGCUCCCGGCACUCAGCCCCAGUCCGCAGAGGACUCAGUGCUGGACACGGCGGUGGCAGACCUCUCCAAAGAUAAACGGGAUGAGCGCUUCUCAUUUAUCAGCUAUGCCGAGGGCACGCCGGUGUGCAGGAUCUGUUUCCAAGGGCCCGAGCAGGGGGAGUUGCUGAGUCCAUGUCGCUGUAGUGGCUCUGUCCGCAGCACUCACCAGCCCUGUCUAAUUAAGUGGAUCAGUGAGAGAGGCUCCUGGACAUGCGAGCUUUGCUACUAUAAGUACCAGGUCAUAGCCAUAAGCACAAAAAAUCCCUUACAGUGGCAGGCCAUCUCGCUGACGGUAAUAGAGAAGGUUCAGAUUGCAGCAGCCAUCCUGGGCUCACUGUUUUUAAUUGCUAGCAUAUCAUGGUUGGUGUGGUCUUCACUCAGUCCUUCAGCGAAGUGGCAGCGCCAGGACCUGCUCUUUCAGAUCUGCUACGGCAUGUACGGCUUCAUGGAUGUGGUGUGUAUCGCUCUGAUUGUCCACGAAGGCCCUUCUGUCUUCCGCAUAUUCAAUCGCUGGCAGGCGGUAAACCAAAAGUGGAAAGUUCUGAACUAUGACAAAAAGAGGGACAGCGAAGAGCUAAAGGCCAGCGAAGGCGAGUGGACUCUCUCUCUGCUCCAUCAGCAGGAGCAGGCGGGUGCCGAUAUAUCACCGUCAACCUCCUCAUUAAUGGCUGCUGCGACAGCUCCUGAUACACCAAACACCACAGCAGAAGCUCUUACUGCAGAGGACUCUUCACACAACCACAGCAAUGACACUACAGGGACUGACCAUCACUGUCCUUAUAGCUUUUUUCAUCUCUUUAGUCACCUUAGGCAACAUGAGCUACGCAGCCAGUCUGGAAACACCAGCAACACCAGUAACACCAGCAGCCAUCCGCCCAGAGAACUGGUCAUGAGAGUAACCACUGUGUGAGCAAAAAAAUGACAUGCCUUAUCAUCAUGAACUUGGAAUGUCAAACAGCACAAAGGGUGAAUGUCUGUUUGAAAGAAAAGCACAAUUUCUAGUUUGGUGUACAAGAUGAAAUCUGGAUUAUGUAUAACAAUUGGCAACUGUACUGACAAUUUGCUGCUGAAUUGCAGAUAGAAAAAAAAACAAGUUUAUCUGUACAUUUA